UGGAGCCAUCCCCUAUCACCUUAUCAGUGGACUGACCUCUGCUGCAUCCGUUAUACCUAGACCCCUUUCUCUCUUUCUCUCUUUCUCUCCGCUGACCUCCGCCUAUUCUUAUUACCUAUUGUUAUCUGAAACCGCAAUGAGCCAAAACACCAAUCGAGCGUUGCCGCGCAUCUGCUGGACAGAUUGAUUAGGCCCGGACAUCGUUCGUCUACACCAUAUACAUACACAAUCCAUCUACUACCUCAACGUCUGUAACCCCACAAUGUCAUUUUUCUUUGGACGUCGUCAUUCCAUCUCGUCUUCGGCCCCGGCCCAGGCCGAUAGCCUUCCACGGCACGAGAGAGGAAGAAGAGCCUCGGUGCCAAACCUUACCGAUCACAAUCCGGGUGCUCACGCCAAAGGCAUGAUCCAUGAUAUCUUCCGGAGAAAUCGGGGGGACUCAGGAACAAACUCCUCGGACACUGCUCAGACCAGCAAGACGGCAACUAACAACGCCCGGUCCCAGGAUGAGCAUGCGGAUUCCCACCAUCAUCACGAUAGCGCCGUGCAUGACUUGCCUGGCGAACACCAUCCGGAGCAGGUCACUAAGGCACCCCAUAGGUUACAUCACGAUCCGGGCCCCUCGCCCAAGAGUCAGCUCACCAAAAAGGAUGUCGAGACGAUCUUCUCGGGAGCCCCGUACUUCCUGCUGGAGAAGGGAAAACACGGGCUCUGGUACCCCCAGAUCAUCUUCCCUUUCGAUGAUCACGAUCCUACCAUUCAGAAUCUCUGGGACAGGCGGCCACUUCCCCACGCCUCGUACACACUGUGCACUCUCCACGCACAUCUGCCAGUGCCGGAUGAUUGGGUGGUUGAGGGAGAGACGCCGGUUCAUCUUCGAGGCUGGAAACGAACCGAAGCUCCCAAGCGGGCCACUUUCGACGUCGGCGUGCACGAAGUACCCAACAUGCUUUCGGUAAACGGGAAAGACCCCGGCACCAUCGGAUUCCGCCAUUUCCUCGAACUCCCCGUCGCCGACUCAGUCCUGUACGUUGGACCAGAAAAGCCACGGGCAUGCGCCGAGCUCCUCCAUCUAUCAUCUCUACCGGCCACCGAGGCGUAUGAACUGAUGGGACAUUACAACGACGCGUAUUCUCAGUGCUCAGAUGGUACCGUACACGACCGGAAAAAGGUGCUCUGCGAAGGACCCGCAGCCUGGAAGAGAAUCGGUGUCCGCGACGUCGACCUCCGAGCCCUUGUGGAGCGGUUGCAGACAUUGAAGGUUCUUCGCUACGAGAUACUGCAUGGGGAUGCACCCAAGACAAUCCUCGAUAUGGAAUGUACACGCGAGUUGUACAGUGGCCUGUUCAAUCGCUUUCUAUACCCACCGGUUCGGUUUCUGCUCCCGGACGCUGGCGAUCCGCACAGUUUGAAGGCUCAGAUCAGAGCUCUGACAGUGGUGCUAACCACCCCCGGGGCGUGGCUUGACCUUAGCCAGACCGACUGGCGCUUGCAUAUCGGGCAAAUCCUAUUUGAGGAUCCCCCCCACGGAGACGGAGAUUCUCUCGACCCCGCCAAGUCUGAUAAGCCGUGGGUUCAUACUGCUCUGGAGCGCAAGUGGUUCCUCGUCCAGAUGCUGCUCGCCGCAGAGCUGCUGUUGCGUCUAGAUGCCACAGUUCGGGUGGGAAUCCUACAAAACUCCCGGGAGAUAGACAUUUCAGUGCAUGACGUGUACGACUUUGACCGGCUACGGAACGGGAAGCUGAACUGGGACCUAGUAGCAGUACGCCGUUUCUUAGAUAGCUUCAAGUUCACCUACAAUGCGGUUGAGCCUGGUGUCUCCUCUCCCGCUGCAUUCUCCUCAAAUCAGCAACCCAACAAACAUCACCAUCGUUCAUUCCUCGAGACCUUCACCCACCGGUCAUCCACCUCGACAAACCACAGCGAAUCUGCCUGGAGAUGUCACCUUGUUCCUAGCCAUGUUGACCAGCAGCUAAAGGGGCUUUUCGUCUUCGCAGAGAACCUUGGCUGGCCACGGCUUACCGAACUCAGGGAUUCCCUGCGUUCCAAACUGGAGGAUGAGGGAUCCGACCAGCGGAUCAAAGACGCGUACACGAUUCCUCUGAGCAAUGCGCUUCCGGCAGAACUCGCGGGGUCGGACUUGAAGAAAGAGAUGUAUAGCCGAUGUCCGUCUCGCCGAUUGCUCCUGCUUCACCCCCCUGACAGUGCACAUCCCCUGAACGUUGGUGGCUGGAUCACGCGUAGCUGGCUCGCGGGCUUGGUUAUCCCCGGCGAGUCCAUCAGCCACCUCCUCAUGGCGACGAUGUUGGAAAAUGACGAGGAUGCGAUGGCUGCCCUCGGACCGGUCGCUAACCUCUACGGCGGAUUCGCCUACAAGGGAAAGGCCUGGUGGAGUCAGAAAUGCGUUGUCGGCCGGGUCUUGGCUAGCCAGGAAGGUACAAAGGUUUGCUUGGCCUGGCUAGCAAGUGGCAUCAUGCCGAAAGACUCGCAAUCCGGGCAGCUGUUGGACAACACGUGGUUUGAGGUGGACGUCUCAGAGCCACCUCGGAAAUCGGGCAAGCCACGCAUUAAGCAUGGGAACAAGCUCUCUUUCGACUCGACACCGCUGGGACUCGGGGAGCUAACGAGCGGGACCUUCUUGCUGCCUGUGGAUGGGCCAUGUGAUAGUUGGUCAAAAGCGAAGAUCGACUUCCAGGAUCUCACAUUCUCGGUCGAUACGAAGCGGACGCAGCCGGCAGGCAACCGCCUCCUCGUGGCUCACGAAGCCUGGGUCAAUUUUACCCUCUCCGCCACUCCCAUUGGGCCUAUCCCGGUCUCUUUUCCAUUGACGUAUAACGUACGAUUCAUCUCAUCCCAUGAAUGCCGCCCACCGGGUGGAUCGGUCACCUAUCAUAAUCGUACGAACGCCCACGACAGCGGCCCAUCAUCUUCGUCGUCUAGCCAUGCCUCCCAUGGGCACCAUCGGCUCCCCGGUCACCCGCUACACCGAUCAUACGCGUUCAAGUGGGUUCCUCUUGAGACGUUGACGGAGAACAGGUCCUCCUCCGAUGAUAGUGGCAACGGGCUUGCGAAGGAAGAGAUCCUCAUUCUCGACGCACGGGGUUCCCACGACAAGGAAACUUUUGCACGAGCCUGGUGCGCAUCUGUGGGGCACCAUGCCAUCAUUGGGAAGGCUGGCCGGACCUGCCUGGCGUGCUGCAUUCGGGAAGCCCGGGCAUUGCAGGUGAAGGUAGUGAUCCGGAUCGGGGACGGACUUUUGACGCCCGCCUCGUCGAUCCAGGUUUUGUAUGAUGGGGAAUAG